UGGAUUUUUAAAAAUGUGUGCUGUUUUUGUGUCAGAGAGCAGUAUUUCUGAGAGAGAAGUCAGAGAGAAUGCGAGUAUGUGCUGAGUGUGUGAGUAUGCUCUGUUUUCAUAGGCCAUAUGUUUCUGUUUAAACCGUUUUAAAGGGGUGGAGCAUCAUUUGAUUGGCAUCUGUUUCCCCUUGCUCCAUAGCUCCGCCCCCUUGAGCCUUUAGCUCUGGGUUUAUUUUCCUCAUCUCAUCUUUCACUCCUUUCGUCAGCUACCCCUUUUCCUCUUCUCUCUGUCCUUCUUUUCCCCCUUUGCUCCAUUUGUUGAUCCAUUCAGACCCGUGUCUUGCAGCAGGAGGGAUCUGAAAGACUUACAGGAGCCCGUAUGAGUCUGGUGGUCAGAUGGACCCCGGGGCCCAGAGCCGGUAGGAUGUGCUUCAGGUUGAACUGUGGUUACUCAAAAGCUUGUACUUUGGAACUUUAAGGCGGGAUGAAACUGGAUCAGUAGUGGGAUUUGUUGUACCUGAGCAUUUCUGCUUGUUGAGGAGCAGAUGUGAACUCCAUAGAUCUGAGCUUGCUGAUUCUUGGAUGACCCUGUUGAUCUCUGUAGCACGUGCUGAUUGGCCGGUGUUGGUGAAUGGCGCGGCGCAGUUCAGGUGGACACGGGCGUGGAGGAAGCUGGCUCACGGCCUGCUUUUUUCCAUCAUCCUCAGGGAAAGAGCGUGGAGAAGCCCUGGGUGCAGAGGACUGUAUGUGUGUGUAUGCGGUGACGGCGGACUAUCAGCGGCAGGAGAACACAGAGAUAAGCCUGAAAGCAGGAGAGAGAGUGGAGGUGAUAGAAAAGAGUGAGAGCGGGUGGUGGUUUGUAAGAACAGCUGAAGAACAAGGCUGGGUUCCUGCAACAUAUCUAGUCUCUCUCACAGGACGUCGAGAUAGCCAUCGAGCACCGAACGGAGAGACAGAGUGGUAUAUUACAGUGCAGCCGUUCAGCAGCUCGAGUCAGGAUGAGCUUGGCUUCGAGAGCGGCGUCAUUGUUGAGGUCAUUCAGAGGAAUCUGGAGGGCUGGUGGUUCAUACGUUAUGGCGGUAAGGAAGGAUGGGCUCCUGCUGCCUACCUAAAGAAAAUCCAAGAUGGCGUCACAGCCAGUAACCAGCCAGCAGAGUCAAAUAAAGCAUCUGUUCAGGGCCAGGUGGAAAUCAUCGGGAACCUGAUGGAGAUCAGCAACCUCCUGAAUAAGAAACCAGCUAAUGAACGCCAUUCACACACACAAACUGACAGCCACUCAGCAAACACAUACAGAAACUCACAGACGGACUCGUACACUCAGUACAGCGGUGAUGAAGAUCAGACUGAAGUCAACACAGAGAGAGACUCUGAGGAUCAGAUCAAGACACACAUUGAAACCAGUGUCUCAGACAGCAGCGGGUCUGUGUCUGUGUCAGACGCUUGUGUUUCUGCUGUAGCAACUGAGCUCUGUGUUUCUUCAACUGUGUCCUCAUUUAAGGCCAAAACUGUCCCUGCGUCCCCUGCUAUUGCACGAGUCGCCCCGCAGAGAUUCCACAGCGUCGAGAACAAACCACCAUCAAACAAUCUUAAACCGCCUCCCCGUCGUGAAAACAGCCUGGGUUUUCAGCUGCCGCAGCCGCCGGAUCCCCCUACUGUUGAAGCGGAGUAUUACACCAUCGCGGAGUUUCGCUCCUGCCUGACCGACGGCAUCAGCUUCAGCGGAGGACAGAGAGCAGACGUCAUUGAGAAGAACUCUGGGGGCUGGUGGUACGUCCAGAUUGGUGAGAAGGAGGGUUGGGCUCCGUGUUCAUAUAUAGACAAACGCAAGAAGCCCACCUUGAACCGUCAAACCAGCACACUGACCCGGCCCAAGGUCCCACCUCCUGCUCCUCCAAUCAAAAAGCAGAACUCGCUUCCAUGUGUUGAGUCCGAAAUCAUGACCACAACAUAUCCUCGAGUGUAUGAAGAGCCAGAAUAUGACGUGCCAACAAUAGGCUUUGAGUUUGACCCUGAUCUGGAUUUUUUCCCAAGCGACGCACCGACUAAAGCGACUCCACCUUUGUGUCAGCGUACAGUUUCCUUUACACUGGGCGAUGAAGAGGAUGAUGAGGGUGUAUAUGCUAAUGGUGGCUUCAGAGCUGUACCUCAUUGUAAGGAUAACCACUCUCCCUCUUCGGCUCACCGGGCAUCUAUGUGGGAUCCACCAGAAUAUGACGCCCCAACGAUCGAACCCAGUUUCGAAACCAAUACAACUCUCUACGCACAAUCAAACCAACCUAAACUCAAACAGCAGGCUGAUGAGUCAAAAUCCAAACCAUCCGUACGUCCAAAACCCACAAACCAAGACUGUAGUUCUCUCAGAAAACCUCAAAACCAGGAACAGCCAAGUCACAUGCAAUUCAGGACCUCCCGAACAUCAGAAGAGUCUGAUACUGGUUUGUCGGAUGACUUCCAGAGCUGCUUGUCAGAUUCGUCUUCAUUCCUGUACCGUACUACAGCAGCGUACCAGCAAGAAGAGCCGUGUGAGCUCAGCUUUCCAGCAGGAGUGCAGGUGGAGGUCGUGGAGAAGAAGGAGAGCGGCUGGUGGUUUGUCCGCUGGGGGAAUGAGGAGGGCUGGGCUCCCACUUACUACCUACAGCCAAUCAAAAGCAGCUCUGAAACAAGCAGCCUAGAAGCCAAGACCACAGAGAAGAUCAAUUCAGAGUUAUCUUGGUCUGCUUCUCCGGAAUUGGAGAUUUCGGUGCAGGUAGAUAGUGGGAAAAUGGGUAAAUCUGUAAGUCUGGAGAAAAAUGAGCAGCGUGUAAACCAAAGCUUGAAGGGUGGACUUCGAUCUAACUCAAGGGUCGGAGUGAAGCAGCUUGCCGUCAGGCCUCAGAACGUCCUUAAAGACAACACUAAUGCACAUGCAGCCCCCGCGGGACGGAGGAACGACACACUGCCUAGUCAUUCUUCACUCGUCAGCUACAAUGAUCAAAGCUCUUCUUCUCAUGCAGGUAAUACUGAGAGCAUGAGGCGGAAGGUUCCGGUCUCAAUGGUGAAGCCCAAACCUCAUUUGAUCCACAACAACUUGCGUGAGGAGUACGUUUCUAUUGCCGAUUAUCGAGGCGAUGCGGAGACCAUGAGCUUCCCUGCUGGUACAAGGCUGGAGGUCUUAGAGAGAAACCCUAAUGGAUGGUGGUAUUGCCGUGUGCUUGACACAACUAAAACACGCAAAGGAUGGGUGCCAUCCAACUUUCUAGAGAGGAAGAGUUAGUGCCAUCUGAAACCAAAAAAAGGUGCUAGAACUAGUUAUCCAACCACAGUCUGUCUUGAGCUUGACGCCAAUAAAAACAUCAAGAUUCAUGUGAGAUAUCUUGCUUCAAGCUGUCAAAGGGAACACAAAUAGAGGGUUUUCACACUGAGCAUGUUUAUUGCUGUUCAAGUGCAGUAGUUCCUGGUGCCUGCUACAAUAUCGGUGUGGUUUCACUUUAACUUGGUGCAUUUGCAUUCAUUUGUUUAUCAACUUGAAACAUGCUUGCUGCAUGAUAGGAAUCUUUUGGGUGAUUAUUUUGUGUUUUUUAUUGUUAUUCAAUUCAUUUGGUGCUAUCAUGUGCAGAAAAUCUGCAACAAUUGCCUUUACAACAACACAGCAACAAUUAGAACAAUUUUAGUUCUAGGAACACUUCUUUGGGGGGAACUAAAUUCACUCCUACAGAGUAUAACUACCAGUGACAUAAGUUUAUGUUGACUGGCCAAAUGCACCCCAUAUGAAACAACGGCAAAACUGUUAUUUGUUUUGCAGUGCAAGAUCCCAGCAAACGAUUUUGUGUUUAAAAGACAUCUAAAUGUAGACAGCUUGGCUAAAACAAGACAGAUUAGACAGACUUUAUAUGUGUAGUCAUUCAUUCCUGUUCAUUUGAUGACUAGUCUAGUUUUGGCCUAUUCUUAGACGUCUAUUCGAUUUUCACUGACAGCCCAAAUUUAGCCUUGUUUUAGUUAUGUUUAGACAUCUAUUAGACAUCCGUUAGACAUCUUUUUAAAACAAAAAAAUGCUUGCUGGGAUGUCACUGUCAGCUGACUUGUCACUUUUCAGAGUUUAUAGUGAUGGUAAAUACAACCAGGAAAAUGGUCAGGGGAAAAAUAGUUCUCAGGGAACCGGAACUGGUGGCUAGUCCCUAUGACCAAGUUCCUAUAAAUGUCUUCUGGUAAAAGCCCCCAUAUAUGUGCAUUACAUGUACAGAGGCUCACAACCUUUUUUUUGGUUUGCAAGCUUCUAAUUUACAACUCUUACUGUGUGUUCACAACGAAGGCGGCGAGAGGGUCAAAAUAGCUUGAAGUCAUUUAUUUUCAAUGGGAGCUGACAACGAAAGUGGAGCAUCUUUGCCAGUGUGUCCAUCGAGGAGAGUUGUAAUCAAGUAAAUUUUAUGGUAAUGAGAAGGGGCCAGACGGAAUCUGCAGACAUUUUUUAUGCUAAUUUUUUUGCUAACUAACAACAGUACAAAACAAUAUUGCUGCUUCAGAAUAUUUCAGACAUAUGGACAUAUUGGAUAUGUGGAACAAAGCCACACCACACGCAACAACUUGAUGUUCCAUAGUUAAAUGAAUUUGAUAAAAGGCGAGCGACAUUGUCACACUAUAAAGCACAUUUUUAAGUGGAAAUGUAAGUGAUUUGCUGAUAUGCUGCAACAACCCCUUUAAAUACGAGAUCAAUGUAGCGAAUUUUGAUGCAGUCAAAGUUCGCUCUGACCGCCCUGGUGACAACGCUGUCUGCUUUCACAGCUCCGGCAGCAAGAGUGUCAAUAUUUGGUGUGAACGCACAGUGAAAGGGAUAGUUCACCCAAAAAUAAAAAUGCUGCAAUCAUUUACUCACCCUUCACUUGUUCAAAACCUAUUUGAACACAAUGGAUAUUUUGAAGAUUUCUGGUUGCUAACACCCAUUGAAUUCUACUAUGGAAGUCAAUAGCUGUCAGCAACCAGCAUUCUUCAAAAUAACAUUUGUGUUCAAUAGAAAAAAACUUAAAGUUCAUCCAUUUUUGGGUGAACUAUCCCUUUAAUGCAAACACUCUGCAAGCUCACCCAUGCUUGUAUUCAAGAUUAAACGUUCCCUACACGUGUCUUAAUGAACAAAUGAUAUCAUAAUUGGCUAAAACGCAUGCACAGGGUAAUUUAUUUCCCUGACAGGUGUGCAGCCAUUUGGAUCAGGCCAUAGUGCAACCAAACUCAGACCACCUUCCACAGGGUCUGCUAUCUCAGUGUGCUCCUGGAUCCUCAUGACUGUAUUCACAUAAUUACUUUUUCCAUGUACGCCACAGCAUUUCUAACUAAACUGCCAGUGUUAAAGCACCUUAGGUGACAAGUGCAUUUUCUUGUUGAUUGACACCGUGUUAAUAUGCUGUAUACUCCUGCUUGUGCUGGAUGAUGUGAUGUUAUUGUCACUGAACACUGUUUUUAGUUGUUGUGCUUAGAUGCUCUUAAUAUGCAGCAUCACUUUUCUUAUAAAAUGACUGUUUUUACUCAAAUAUAUCAAGGUUUGUUUACUGACUAGAUGCACUUUUAUCUAUCUAUCUAUCUAUCUAUCUAUCUAUCUAUCUAUCUAUCUAUCUAUCUAUCUAUCUAUCUAUCUAUCUAUCUAUCUAUCUAUCUAUCUAUCUAUCUAUCUAUCUAUCUAUCUAUCUAUCUAUCUAUCUAUCUAUCUAUCUAUCUAUCAGGUAAUUUCUUUGUGUAAUUAAAGUGAAAUUCUGAAUAUA